GCUCAACGACUACAUAUAUCCAAUCCCAAUAGAGUAACAGACAGAGCUAUCCCAAUAGCAGAAACCAUGGCCGGCGAAGGGGAUCUGAAGCUGCUGGGGCUGCUGGUGAGCCCGUUCGUGACCCGCGUCCGCCUGGCGCUGCACAUCAAGGGCCUGAGCUACGAGUACAUCGAGACGGACGUGCUGGACAAGGGCGAGCUCCUCCUCCGCUACAACCCGGUCCACAAGAAGGUGCCCGUGCUCAUCCACAACGGCGUGCCGCUCUGCGAGUCGCAGAUCAUCGUGCAGUACGUCGACGAGGUCUGGGCCGCCGCCGGCGCGCCCAUCCUCCCCGCCGACGCCUACCAACGCGCCACCGCCCGCUUCUGGGCCGUCUACGUCGACGACAAGCUGUUCCCGGCCUGGCUGGGCAUCCUCCUGGCCCCGACCGAGGCGGCGAGGGCGGAGAAGGUGGGCGAGACGCUCGCGGCGCUCGCGCAGCUGGAGGUGGCCGCGGCGGAGUGCCUGGACGGCGGCAAGAGGCCCUUCUUCGCCGGCGACUCCAUCGGGUUCCUCGACCUCGCCGUCGGGUGCAACAUGUUCUGGAUGGAGGCGCUGCGCAGGAUGUUCGGCGUGACGUUCCUCGACGCGGGGAAGACCCCGCUGCUGGUGGCGUGGGCGGAGCGGUUCGCGGGCACCGAGGCGGCGACGGCGGUGGUGCCGGACCCGGACGCCGCGGUGGCGUUCGCCAGGAAGCUUCAGGCCAAAUAUGGUUCCGCGCCGCCUGCCAACUAGGCUGGCUUCAGUUCAGUUCAGUUCAGUUCAGUCCAAGUAGUAGCAGUGCUCAUCGUGGAACUGUGUCGCGAAUCGGGUGUGUACUUUGGAACAUGUAGCACUUGGCUACUCGUGUAAUAAAGCCAUGGAGAGAAAUCAUGGAUUAUCUUUUUUA